CCCGUGAGCGCACACGUACUUCACUAACCGCUGCGCCGGCGCAACGUGUCUAGUGAGUCAAGAGUUUAGUGUCAGUGACACGUGCCGUAUCGUUUUAUAUCAGUAAUAAUUCGUUUCAUAGUUAGUCAAACUUAUGUCAUGUUGUAAAUAGUAUCAAGGUCAUAUAAAGUUUACUCAGCCAGUGUCAACUGAGUAAUAAGUUUAGAUAUGAAUUUAAUGUUCGAUAUAAACUACACGUCUAUUUUAAAUAUAUAUGAAGCAUCACAAGAGUCUUUAUAAAACCCUAUGAAAAAACGGAGUGAUCAGUGAAAUCUAAUUAUCUAACGGCUUUAAUAUCAACAUAGUUGAUAACAAAUUUUGUGAGCGUUAUGCGUGCGAUACCAGUGUUUGCGUUUUGAUAAAUUUAACGCGCACUCCAUAGAGUUAAUUAUCAUAAAAUCAAAGAGGUGCCUUCGAGUCAAGUGCGUUUAAGGAAUUCGUGGUUCGAAGCGUGAUCGAGUUGGCCGUGAAGUGCGUUGAUAGUGCGACAUGUUGAUACAUGGUGCUGUGAAGCCUAUAAAACGAAGGCGCUUAGGUCAUUUAAGAACUCCAUGCUCGCUUGGGGAGCGGGGCGAGGGUCGGCCGGCCCCUCGCUGCCCCCCAAGAAACCAGAACUCAGCGAUACGGACAGCGAAGCCCAGAGUGUGCUCCUCACCAGCGCCGCCACCCUGGCUAGAAGACGGCGCGCCGUAAAACUAAAACGAAAGAUCACCUUCAAAGUUUCAAGACGGACAAGUGACGGCGCAGCUACAGGGCCCAGGGUUCUACGGUCAACACCAGAUUGGAGUGAGGCAGCUGUAAGUGGUGAGCACCUGUGGCAACCGACCUCAGUUUCUGGGGACUGCUGUUAUGUUGGCGAUUCUGAGUGUCAGAAACAUGGAGCUCGCAUGAAGUGUUCCGCGUGUAAGAUUGUGGCGCACACAGCCUGCAUCGAUAUUCUAAUAGACCGUGUGCAAUUCACUUGCAAACCAACGUUUAGAGAUGUGGGCGUGAGACAGUACAGGGAGCAGACAAUAACGCAUCACCACUGGGUCCACAGACGCUCCGAAAAAGGGAAAUGCAAGGCUUGUGGCAAGUCAUUUCGGCGUGGUUGCUGUGGGUGGUGCGGCUCCUCAAAUAAAACGUCAGAAAAGCCGAUAGAAAACACUGAACUAGGAGACGCUUCGCUGCAGGCGAAAAUAUCCUUUAGUUCCAAAGAAAUUGUCGCCCUGAGUUGUUCCUGGUGUAAAGAUGCGUAUCAUAAUAAAGAGAGUUGUUUUAACCUUCAGAGAAUUGGGGAGGAAUGUUCGUUAGGUACACAAUCGAUUAUAAUAGUACCGCCGUCAUGGAUUGUGAAACUCCCCCGCCGGGGAAGCUUCAAAUCGUCACUACGGAAAUCGCCGAAAAAGAAAACCGCGGGAAAGAAAAAGGGAAAAGACUCGAAGGUUGAACAAAGACCAUUCGUUAUCAAGCCAAUACCGACAUCAAAUGUGAAACCUGUCCUCGUAUUUAUUAACCCCAAAAGUGGCGGCAACCAAGGUGUAAAGUUAUUGCAGAAGUUCCAGUGGCUUUUAAACCCGCGCCAAGUUUUCGAUCUCACUCAAGGAGGACCGGGGCCUGGACUAGAGAUGUUUCGUAAAGUGCCAAAUCUGCGCGUGCUGGCAUGUGGCGGAGAUGGCACUGUGGGGUGGGUUCUAAGUGUUUUGGACAGGAUUGGUGCCCGGCCAGCUGUGGGUGUCCUUCCACUUGGAACUGGAAAUGAUCUGGCAAGAGCUUUGGGAUGGGGAGGGGGCUAUGAAGAUGAACCGAUAUCAAAAAUCCUCGCACACAUCGGCGAAAGCGACACAGUUCUACUGGACCGCUGGCAGUUAACAGUAGAGCCUAACACAGCAGCGACAGGCGAAGACACCAGUAACGCGAAGGCAGAUUUACCACUGAAUGUCGUUAACAAUUAUUUCUCUUUUGGUGUCGAUGCCCACAUCGCACUAGAGUUUCACGAGGCCAGAGAGGCGCAUCCGGAAAAGUUUAACUCCCGCAUCCGGAAUAAGCUCUUUUACGGAACGGCUGGCGGAAAAGACCUCAUGCAAAGGAAAUGGAAAGGAUUAGCCGAAUUCGUCACUUUGGAAUGCGACGGGAAGGAUCUUACGCCGGUCUUGAGGGAGCAUAGAGUGCAUGCGAUCGUGUUCUUAAACAUUCCAAGCUACGGAGGUGGUACGCAUCCUUGGAAUAAAUCCCAGGGAGCAUCAGAACCCUCGACUGAAGAUGGAUUGAUAGAAGUUGUUGGGUUGACUACGUAUCAAUUGCCGCUGUUGCAAGCCGGCGGCCAUGGUACAUGCAUCACUCAGUGCAAGACAGCAAAGAUAGUUACGACCAAAGUGAUACCCAUGCAAGUUGACGGCGAGGCCUGCAGACUUGCGCCAUCUGUGAUCACAUUGUCGAUACUGAACCAGGCUAUUAUGCUCGCCAAGAAGAAGCCGGGACGGGUUCUGGCACCCCUUACGACGCUUGAUAAGCUCAACUUUACCGUGAAUAUAAUUACAAUGGCCGACUAUGAACGUCACCACUACGACAAGGAACUUCUGGCUAAAGCAGCGGAAAGGAUCGGUACCUUAGAGGUGAACCCGGCAGCGGAUCUGGAGCAGACACGAACUCUCGUUCAUAACCUGAUCAAAGAAUCUUCGAAUUACUCGAAUAUCGUGGAUUGGUGGUUUGUGGAUUCUGUAACCGCGGAACGAUUUUUCCGUAUCGACAAAGCUCAAGAGAAUCUCCACUAUCCAAUGGAUAUCGGUCACGACAACCUCUACAUUCUGGACGCGGCACCACUAACACCGGACACCGACACAACUGCUCACCCAGAAACCACAGCGAGUGCUUCGCUGGACCGCACUAGGCCUUCGGUGUCACUGGAGACCACAACUGGGCUGUCAGUAUCGCUCGACAUAUCGCAGAGUGUUGAUACGCCUAGUGCUGCUGUUUCGUUAGACGUACCUGAUUCCCAUGGAAGUCCAGCGCGGACGUCAGAUGACGUCACGACGCCACAGACGCCCCCCUCAGCGGCCACUACAGCCACGCCCACCUCCAAGUCAUCUCUAUCGCCAAAGCUCACAGUACCGAAGUCAAAGACAUCGCAAGACUCCAACUCGCCACCGCUAUGCGGCAGUCCCACAGCCAAAGACGAACCGUCACCGGAGUCAAUAGCUCGGUUCAAAACCAUACAUCAAAAAUUGUUUGGAUUUGAACAAGAAGCGUUUGGCUGUGGAAAUCUAUUGGAAAAAACAUCCGACUCACUGCUCAAAGCUGCGAAAGUCGGCGACUUAAAAAUGAUAAAGGAGCUGCAUGCGGCGGGCUAUUCUCUACUGUCUAUUGAUGCGACCGGUCAGACUGCAUUGCACAUUGCCGCUCGAUAUGGCAAUAAAGAGAUUGUUAAAUAUUUGAUAGCGUGCGCUCCAACGGCCAUAUUGAAUAUGAGUGAUAACGAGAAAGGGCAAACGGCGCUACAUAAGGCGGCAGCGUAUAAGCGACGAGCGAUAUGUUGUAUGUUGGUGGCGGGAGGAGCGUCUCUCACCCGGCAGGACCACGCGAGCUUAACGCCGAGACAAAUCGCUCUACGCGCUGAUGAUCACGACCUUGCAGCGUAUUUAGAAAGUCAAGAGCAUUUCCAGUUAGUUUCAGAAGAUUUGGAGACAACAGUGUGAAAUUUAUUAUAAUCGCUUUCACUAUCGAAUCUAUUGUUGAUAAGGUUAUUUAUUUUGUUUAGACGUAAGACAAUUUCAUAUAAUAUUAAAAGACUUUACUGAGCUUAUAAAUAUAAUAAUAUAUCUUGUUCACACAUAUCCUUUAGAUCUUUCUACGUACACCGAAUUAACAGUGUUAAGACGAGUUUGCAUAUAUGACAUAUUUGUAUUAACCGUGAAAUAUAUAAAUGUGGGGAAGAGUGAGAAAAGCAAGUAAAAAUCAUGUUUUAAUUAAUUAAUUAUACUUAAGAAAUAUAUGUAUAUAUGUAAUGAAUACGUCAUGAAGGAUCAGCGGAUAUUUCUGGAACUAAAAGCCAAGACUAAGGCUCGAAUAUAUUCAUUUAUAUGGUUCAUGAUCUCAACGAAUAGCAACACUACCGAAAAGUGUUUAAAUUUUUAAAAUCCGGUUUGAAGGACCAAAAAGGGUGUACGUUCUUCACAAACCACAAACCUGUACGUAGAAUAAUCGUUUUAUCGUGUAGAAUGUGAACUCGUCUUAAAACGAAUAAUAAAUUCAAAUAUUAUGACCAAAUAUAAAUUGUAUAUAAUUAUUAGAAUAAAAUUCGAAAUAUCCUCCUCUAUAUCGACACUAUUUAUUGUAUUUGCAUCUAAUUUAAGAAUAUUAUGUAAAUAAGGUUAAAUGACAUCUAAUUAGAACGUGAUAUAUAAUCACUGUAUUUUAAUAUUUAUAAACUGUAUGGAAAGAUUCUUAGUGAAUAAAAGGAAAGACCAAUCAUGGGAACAGUUCAAUUUGACGCAAUGUGUGUAUGGGCUCUAUGGUUCAGCUUUUGACAUAACGCUGGACAUUUUUUUUACGUCAUUGACAAUGACAUUUGAUCAAAGAUAAAAGUAUUUUUCGACUUGUCAUAUGCUAGCGCCAACCGAAUUUGCAUUUUAAAUGUCAUAUUCUGUGGCACCUGUCAUAAAAGCGAUUGUUCGGUAAUGUAUUUGUCAAAAUUUUCAACAAACAAAAUUCGCGAAUACAUAGAGCCUGUAUUCGACGCACUAAUUAUGAGAAUGAAUUGUAUUUUAUAAGUAUUCACUUCACUAUUAGUAUUUUACAUAAAUGCAAUUAGUACUAAGUGAUAGGUAUGGAGGCUUUACGAUGAGUUUGAGUAUUAAUAUAAAAUAUUUGUAUGAAAUUCGCUUAAUUGCACCUCUAAAGACGGUACUUUGCAAGAGGUAAAGAAAACUUUGUCUUUGCACUUAUAAUAUUAAUACUGUCAAAGUUAAGGUGAAGCUGAUUUCUCAUUCAUUAGGUGUUACUAUAUUUGGUUGUGUUAAUCUAUUUGAAAUUUCGUUAUGCAAAGCAUUUGUUGCUAGUUAAUUGUUUCGCGUUUAUUUUAGUAAUAGCAAAGCUAUAGCAAUAAUUACAAAUUGUAGUGUAAUAGUACGAUCUCACCUCCUCGCUUAGUUAUAGUUGAUAUAUCAAUAAAUAUAUAUUCUGAAUAGCGGUAAAUUAUCACUACUACACACGGCUUAUAUUUCCUUUAUUAUAUUUCGUAGUAAUAAAUGUCUUAAAUCAACUGUUACUGAAUAUAAAUUGAUACAACCUUCGAGACUCGAAUAAUACUUGCUAUUUCUUAAACCCGCAGGUCCGGAGUUCUAUUAGAGUAAACUAAUAUUGCCUAUACAGAACCUAAGGCCUACUCUGCUUAUGAAUAAUGAUUAGUAAAUUCGACAUAUUAUGUCUCCUCCUUGAAUCAUGCAUACAGCAAUUCACACAUGUCAUUAUAUUUAUAUAGUGUGGUAUAUUCUAUGACUAAAGUUCUUUUUAUUUUAAAAAUGGAAUCAUGCUCUACUACGCUAUACUUCAUUUUUAUAAGCACAGAUGCUGGCUGGCUAGUUAAAAAAAAUAUUAAGAGGUGACGGAACACAUUCUGUAAUUCAAAUUCAUAUUUAGAACACCAAUGCCUUUACUGUUUUUUCCUAUAAUCUGUAGCUAUUUGUAGUCUAUGAUAUUCUAAAUGUUGGUUUUAUUUGGCUGUAAUAAAAUACCUCUACGUAGACGUAGAUGACAUUAGUGUAAUCGAAUUUAUUCGUACUUAUUUAUCGCUAUAAUGCGAAAUGAAAGACAAAGCUGUGAGAAUUUUGAUCAUUGUAAAAAGUAGAUUCAUUUAUCAUUGUCUCGAUGUGUGGUUUUCCUGUAUAUAUGUUAUGUUUUUUAGAACUCAUCUUUAAUCAUAUACACUUCAACGAUAAAGCUUUAAGAACUCACGAGUGUUCUGCUAGAUUCUCUCAUAAACUUAGAAUAACUUUCACUUCCUUGAGGUAAGAUUUAGAGUUGAGACUUAGAGCAAUUCACUACUGUCAAUCUCUUUUGAAAAGAAAAGCACUAAGAGUCGAUUCUGAAUAUCACCCUUACUAUAUACUCUAUGACUGUAUCUGUCAUAGAUAAUAUUUGAAAUUUAUCAUUUCAUGUACAUAUUGUAUCUAUAUUCUACCUUCAAGAGGCCUUCAUUCAUAAAUAUAUUAUAUAACUAUUUCUAAUAAUCGAAUUAGGGUAUAUAGUUUCACGACCAAUUUCGAAGAUAAAUGGUUAAUUAGUAUAUAUGUACACAAUAAAAUUCUGUUUCCAUUGCGUAAAACAAUAUACUAUUAAUCGAGCACUGACUCAAGAACUUUUUGAAUAGUCUCACAGUUUAUUUUAUCUUAGCCUAAGAAAUAAAUGAUCUGUUAAAUGCAAUAAUAGUUAACAAUUGUUUCAUCUCUUAAUUCUAAAUUUAAAUCUCCAAUUUUGGAUCUUUCUAAUCAAAUAAUUACAUAAAUUAAAUAUUAAUGAACAUUGAAGAUUGUACAAUGCACCGCUGAGCGAAUGAUAUAAUUCGAUUUUUAAAAUAAACUUUUUUUCUAAGUAAUGCCGAUCACGGAUGAGGUUGUAUUUUAAUUAUAAAAACCGCUCGACGUUAUAAUGCACCUAUAACAAGGGGAAUGUUUGAAUAUAAUAAAUCCUCUUUUGUAGAUAUUUGACAUUUUUACAAAAGAAUAUUUUCAAUUAUGUAUUCCGAAAUUGUAAUUGUAAAAAUCGAACAAAAGUACUUAUUUAAAAUUUUGUAAU